UUGGGUUGUGUACUUGGUCCUUCGGCCAUCUUGAUGCGCGGGUCCAGAACAGAAUGGAGCUAGGUGGCCGUCAAGAUUGAGCUACCUCAUGGGGAAAUUCAUGUUUAAAAGCAAUCCGCGUCACCGAUGAAAAGGGAACGAAAUGCAAUUGUGUCAUAAAACAACCAUCGUAGUUCUAGAUUGCUGAAAGAACCCCGAUAAAGGUAUGGUCAAUUGUCGCCGACAACUUCCUCGGAUCUCCACACGUGACUCCGAAUGCGCUUCCCACCCACGGGACUUUGCUGUAUAUUCUCCACGAUAUGAGGCAAGACCUGCCUUGACUCCAUCCGCCGCCAGGCUAUAAGAUCAUCAGGCCACUGGACCUUUCUUGCCCAGCAUCCUCCCGUCAGACCGCUACAAUGUCCAUCGCUAAAGCAAGAGUCCUCAUUUUCGGCACCGGCGGUGUCGGCGCCAUGGCGGCGUACGCCUUGGAGGUGGGGGGCAAAGCCGAAGUGACCGCCAUUUUCCGUUCGAACUAUCAAGCUGUGUCGCAGAGGGGUUUGAACAUUGACUCGAUCGAACAUGGACAUGAUAUCAAGGGCUUCCGGCCAACGCAUAUCCGGAACACAGUCCCCAAUGUGGUCACAGAGGGCCUUGCUCCCUAUGACUACAUCGUGGUCACCGCCAAGAACAUCCCUGAUGUUUCCCCUACGGUUGACGAGCUGAUUGCGCCGGCUGUCACCCCCGGAAAGACCGGCAUUGUUCUUUCCCAGAACGGCCUCAACAUCGAAAAGCCCUUUAUCGCCCGCUUCCCCUCAAACCCUAUUAUCAGCAGCGUGUCGAUGAUCGGCGCAACCGAGAAAGGACAUGGGAACAUUGUCCAUGACGAUGCCGACUCGCAAAAGAUCGGUCCUUUCCAUAACCCCAACAUCCCACAGGAUGUUGCGGAGGCCGCAGCACGCCAAUACGUCGAAAUCUACAACGGAUGCGGCAAACUGGAGAUUGUUUACGAACCGGAUACCCCCAGGACCAGGUGGCGCAAGCUGGUCUACAACGCCAGCUUCAAUUCGACCGCCGCUGUGCUGCGCAUCGACACGGCGCGCAUGCGGAUGAGCGAGCACAUCAUCGAUAACUUAAUCCGGCCAAUCAUGCUCGAAAUCAUGGCCGCUGCGAAGGCCCAGGGUAUUGAGCUGCCGUCGGAGCUGCCCGAUAUUUUGAUCCGAUGCGAUCCUACCGACACAGCUUUCAAGCCCAGCAUGUGUCAAGACGUCGAGAAGGGCAACUUUAUUGAAUUUGAAAACAUCGUGGGCGAGCCGCUACGGGAAGGAGAGGCGAAAGGGGUGCCCAUGCCCACACUGAAGACCAUGUAUGGCAUCCUGAAGGGCGUGCAAUUGAAGACGAAGGAAGCCAGAGGCUUGUGGAAGCCAGUGUUUGAGGAGGGGAACCCUUAUCAAUAAACAAUCAUUGCCGCUGGUAGACAAUGCAAUUCAAUACAGAUCUUAUCCGGAGUAAUAACUCUCUCUCUCUCUCUCUCUCAUCAUAGGUUGAGGGAAGUUCGGUAGAUAUGCCACGAAACCACGCCUAGAUAGACCCGAAACUCAACAUGUAUAUAUAUAUAUAUAUAUAGAUAUAGAUAUAGAU